AAUUUAGUUUUCCUCGUCGAUAUACAAUUCAACGGUCUGUAUUGUGAGAUACCAUAGCACGUUUAUGCAUGAAUACGCCACCAUCCUCAAUUCAACUCUUAUCUUGGUGCGCACCAUCACCAGAUAAUAAACAAGUAAAUUGGAUAAUGCAACACAACCAUCACAAUCUCCUUUCAUUAAUCACUUCUUAAACUCGUUAUAUCAAAACCCUAGCUCGCAUUCGCCACUCUUCGAACCUGCCUCCGCCGUGCCUUCCGUCGUGCCUUGGUCACGCCUGAACAGAUUCUUUCAAGUUCAAACUAUAUGCUGCAAUUAUCACUCCACAUGACAGCAACAGCCAUUCUUUGCUAUAAUCCAUCUAACAAUUUUUUGAGGACAAAUCAGCCUAAACAAAGAUACUUGAAAAAUAAUUCAUUUUCUCACAGUUUGUCUGCUUCAAGAUCAUUCACUUGUGGGCUGGCUCCUUUCAAACUCUUGGUGAAAAGUCCGAUGGGUGAAUCGGUAAGAACUGCUUACAGAGAUGGAAAGAGUGAUGAACAUAUUGAAGUGCUUGAACAAGAAGCUUUUGUGGAUAGGUCAUCCGAGGUUCAGCCUAAGCUUUUGUUCCCAGAGGUGGAAUCAACUCUUAACCGACUGAGCAAGUGGAUAGUUUCUGCCCUCUUUGGCAUUUUUGUUAUUUGGAGGCAUGAUGCAGAAGCCCUGUGGUUUGCAGGGGGAUCUGUUGUAAAUGCAAUGCUUUCUGUUUUACUCAAACAAAUAUUGAAUCAGAAACGACCUUCAACCCUGAAAUCUGACCCUGGGAUGCCAUCUUCACAUUCUCAAGCCAUCUUCUUUGCUGUCAUGUUUACUAUCUUGUCAAGUAUUGAAUCGUUUAGAAUCAACGCAUUCACCAUUAUUAGCAGUGGCCUGGUUUUGGCACUUGGUUCUUAUUUGUCAUACCUGCGAGUCUCACAAAAGCUCCAUACAGUGAGCCAAGUGGUUGUUGGAGCUGCUGUUGGGUCCAUUUUCUCCAUCUCAUGGUAUUGGUUAUGGAAUACUUUUGUGCUAGAUGCGUUUGCAUCCUCUUUAUGGGUCAGAAUCAUUGUUAUUGUAGGGUCUGCAGGAUUUUGCUUAGGUUUUCUUUUACAUGUGGUUCGACAUUGGUUUAAAGACAAUGAAAUUUGAUCAAAAUGUGCUAUAACACCAAUAUUGUACCAUGUUGUAAAUGUAAGGACUGAUGCAUUUUAUUAUGGAUCAUUGUAAAGUUGAAAUUUGACAAUAUAUUGUAAUCAAUUUUUUAUUAUUAUCAAAUUAAUCCUUAACCA